ACUUGAGCUACAAUGCCACUUCUGGCCUUUUCCAUUUAUGUGGUGCUGAGGAGUCAAAUGCAGAGUGGCUUCAUGCAUGCUAGGCAAGCACUCUACCACUAAGCCACAUUCCCAGCCCUUGAAAUGCCAGUUAUACAUACAAAUCAUUAUUUCUAGUAUAUGCCAAGUAUCCUAAGGACUCCAUAUUCACAUUUUCAUUAAGUCUGUCAUAUACAAAUAAAAAUUGCAAGGAAGGUUUUACUGCUAAAUUAAAGAUGUCAUUUUAAAACUGCUAUUGAACAAUACUAAUUUAUCAUUCAAAAGUGUAUAGCAGGCGUAGAUAAUGAACACAAAGCAAACAGAUGUUAAACAGAAAACCCUCCCUCCUCUGGAGGCGGGAACUUGUUCUACAAAGCCUCCUAUCAUCCUAGCGGCCAGCUAGACAAGUGGGAGUUUUUUCUACAAUGACAUGUGCUUGAGUUGCAGCAGAAAGGAAAUGUGUCAUCUGUGGUUUGGUUUUGAAAGUAGAAAGCUUGCUGUACAUAAUCUUUUUAAAUUGCAGAUUUGCUUUAAGUUUUGAGGUCUCCAAACAUUGCCGGCUUUAAAUAAGAAGACAAGAAAAGAAGUGGUUUAUUAAAAUCACAUUACAAUCAGAUUUGACCAAGCAUUUUGUAAGAUUACCAGAAUAUUCGUGGAUAUGGAACAACCAGGACAGUACCUGCAUCAUGCUUUUCUGAUCACAAUCAUUUUUUCCUUAUCAACUGGAACUAAAGUCAACUAUACACAGCUGUGGCCUAGCAAGCCUACUGCCUGGGAUUCAGCUAUUCAAAGCAGCCCAGACACACACCAAAAUGGAAACAUUAACUCAAACCCUGUCUCUCCUCAAGUAGAUUACAAAGAUAAUUCUACAAAUAUGCCAGAAAUAGCAACCUCUUCUCACAUGGUAUCUUUACCUCCUAAAUCUCAACAGGAGCUCUAUACAUCUUCUGUUGUCAACAACAGUUUAAUAACAGAAAGCUCUGAAAACACAAGCAAAAGUCAUGGUGAAAUUUUUAAAGAAAAUGUCUGUGAAGAAAAUAACAUGGCUAUGCUCAUUUGCUUAAUUAUAAUUGCAGUGCUUUUUCUUAUCUGUACCUUUCUAUUUCUAUCAACUGUAGUUCUGGCAAACAAAGUCUCAUCUCUCAGACGAUCAAAACAAGUAGGCAAGCGCCAGCCUAGAAGCAAUGGUGACUUUUUGGCAAGCAGUGGGCUGUGGCCCGUUGAAUCAGACACUUGGAAAAGAGCAAAACAGCUUACAGGACCCAACCUCAUGAUGCAAUCUCCUGGACUGCCCACAGCUACCAGGGAAAGCAAGGAUGAAGAAGGAACUGAAAAACUUACCAACUAACAAAUGCUUUAG